CCCGCCAUCGCCCUCGGCGCAUGCGCAGAACGCAGAGGCAAGAUGGCGCUCCGGCAGGUCUAUAGCUCCCUGUUCCGCCGCACCUCCACUUUUGCCCUCACCAUCGUCUUGGGGGCCGUCGUUUUCGAGCGGGCCUUCGACCAAGGAGCCGACGCCCUCUUCGAGCACCUCAACGAAGGGAAACUGUGGAAACACAUCAAGCACAAAUAUGAGAGCAGUGACUGAGACACUCAGCAGCAGGACCCAUCCCGGGGUGGCAAAGGACACUGCAGAGAAGGAUUCAGCCUCCUGAACCUGACUCUAGGAAAAUGGAAACAAAUUCCUGAACCAGAUUAUAUCAGCCACCUACUGAUAUGCUGGAAACCAAGAUGGACUCAAACUGCUGUUUUCAAACCUACUGUGUAAAAAUAAAAAAACUUUCUUGGUCUGUGU